AUGCAUCAUACUAUCUCCAGAGGUCCAAAAAGCGGUGACAAUAUAUCCCGUAAGAGAAAGAGGGGCAACGAAAAAAGUACCUCUGACCGUGGGACAGAAGACGAUGUACUCCUAAGGGAUAUAAGACACCUCCUUGGAAAAACCGCGGUAAAGCCAGAAUGCACAAAAAAUAUUACCCCUGCUAUUAUACAUGCCGGAAAAGAUGCGGAUAUACCUGAGACAGAGGUUACGAUAUCUGAGCUAUCUUCCACUGGAGACGGACUUGCACUUUCACCUGCAUUUGAUCAUGUCUACUCUGUUCCUUUCACUGUACCGGGAGACAUAGUGAGAAUAAGGGUAUACAGAACGAUGCUAAGGGAAUCUUAUAGCUUAGCAGACCUUGUUGAGGUUGUCAAACCUUCACAGCACCGAAACGACUCGUUAGUCAGUUGCCAGUAUUUCGCAAAAUGUGGAGGAUGUCAGUUCCAAAUGCUGCCCUACGAAUACCAACUUAAGCAUAAGAAAAGGGUUAUAGAAAAGGCGUAUGUCAAUUUCUCUGGCCUAGACUCGGAGCAUGUUCCCAUAAUACACGACACAAUGGCCUCGCCGUUACAGUAUGGAUAUAGGACAAAGCUAACACCUCACUUUUCACUUCCUGGGCGUACAAAAAAGAUGACACAUAAUGUUACUGAGACUCCCAACAUUGGGUUCAUGAUGAAGGGGCGACGAAAGGUCAUGGAUAUUGAAGAUUGCCCGCUAGGUACCGACAUCGUGAGAACCGGAUUGACAAAAGAGAGAAAAAGGGUAGCAGACAAUCUGUGCCAAUUCAAGGCGGGUGCUACUCUAUUGAUCAGAGAAAAUACUUUACGCUUGCCUAAGGAUGCUGCCAAGGAGACGAAAGUUGAGAAAGACGACCAAAGAGACAUUAUCCAAACGCAUUUUUCGGAUUACAUAGAAGAAAAAAGCUAUAUAACUGACCAAAAUGCAAUAUCUUCCGAAUAUAUUGAUGAUUUCCUAUUUCACAAUGUUGCUGGAACGUUUUUCCAAAAUAACAACUCCAUCCUCUCCCCAUUCACACAGUAUGUUCGUGAUCACGCCCUGCCACCUUCACCCCCCGACUCCGAGAUAUCCCCAGCUAAAUUAAAAUAUCUCCUUGAUGCCUACUGUGGAUCUGGUCUUUUCACAAUCACGCUUUCUUCCCUAUUCCGCUCGUCUCUAGGCGUCGAUGUUUCCAAGGGCUCUAUCGAAUCUGCUCGCGAAAAUGCACGUCUCAACAACCUCAAGAAUACCGGCUUUGCUGCGGCUGAUGCAGCGAAGCUAUUUCAGGACGUGCCUUACCCACCUGACCAAACACUGCUUGUUAUAGAUCCACCACGCAAGGGGUGUGAUAUGAAUUUCUUAGACCAGAUGCUGGUAUUCGGCCCAGCCAGAGUAGUAUAUGUCAGUUGCAAUGUGCAUACGCAAGCGAGGGAUGUGGGUGUUUUAGUCCGAGGAGAUACCAGUGAGGGUAAGGGAAAGAGUGCUAUAAGGUACAAGAUUGAGAGCAUUAGAGGCUUUGAUUUCUUUCCACAGACCGGCCAUGUAGAAAGUGUGGCAAUUUUAAACAAGGUGGUCGACGAUUGA